AUGACAAAAGAUGAAACAAAAGGAAUAAAAUCAUAUUAUGUAUCAAAAAUAGAAGAGUUAGAGAUAAAAGUAAAUGAGAAAGCACAGGAUCUUCGUAGAUUGGAAGCACAGAGAAAUGAAUUGAACAAUCGUGUCAGAAUGUUGAAGGAGGAGUUGCAGUUGCUUACCAACCCAGGUUCACACGUUGCCGAGGUGGUCAAGUUGAUGGGUAAGAACAAGGUGCUCGUCAAGGUCAAUCCCGAGGGUAAGUUCGUCGUAGACAUCGAUCCGUCGAUCGACAUUGCCAAGUUGACACCGUCGACCAGAGCAGCGCUCAAACACGAAUCGUAUACACUCCACCGUAUCCUGCCAAACAAGAUCGAUCCACUCGUCUCGCUCAUGAAAGUCGAAAAGAUACCGGAUUCCACCUACGAUAUGGUCGGUGGACUCGACAAGCAGAUCAAAGAGAUCAAAGAGGUGAUCGAGUUGCCCAUCAAACAUCCGGAGCUCUUUGAGAGUCUCGGUAUUGCACAGCCUAAAGGUGUACUGCUCUACGGUCCACCAGGUACCGGAAAGACCCUGCUAGCACGUGCCGUCGCACAUCACACCGAUUGUACCUUUAUUAGAGUGUCCGGUUCCGAACUAGUACAAAAGUAUAUAGGUGAAGGUUCACGUAUGGUUAGAGAGUUAUUUAUUAUGGCAAGUUUCAACUUAAUUAUUCUAAUCUUUAUAAUAAUAACAAUUAACCAUAGAGAACACGCACCAUCAAUCAUUUUUAUGGAUGAAAUCGAUUCGAUUGGAUCUUCGAGAAUUGAAGGUGGUAGUGGUAGCAGUGACAGUGAAGUACAACGUACUAUGUUGGAGUUGUUGAAUCAACUCGAUGGUUUCGAAAGCACCAAGAAUAUUAAGGUUUUGAUGUGUACAAAUCGUAUCGAUAUUUUAGAUCCAGCACUUCUCAGACCAGGUAGAAUCGACAGAAAGAUUGAAUUCCCCAAUCCAGGUGAUGCUGGUCGUUUGGAUAUCUUAAAGAUUCACUCUAGAAAGAUGAAUUUGACAAGAGGUAUCAAUCUAAAGAAGAUCUCUGACAAGUUAAAUGGUGCUUCUGGUGCAGAGCUUAAAGCUGUUUGUACUGAGGCCGGUAUGUAUGCCUUGAGAGAGAGAAGAAUUCACGUCAGUCAAGAGGAUUUCGAAAUGGCUGUUUCAAAGGUUAUGAAGAAGGAUUCAGAGUCAAAUACCAGUAUGAGUAAAUUGUGGAAGUAA